CGUGGAUAAGAACGGUAGAACACACACAAGCCGCUUUUUAUUUAGAAUUUACCUCAACUAUCCACGGAAGGAUCAAGGAAGAGCUUAUGAUUUUACUUUUGACCGGUGUGGUAGCUUCUGAAACAGACGCUUCACCAGUGCGAGAUUUUGCUGUCACGAUCUCGAUCACACUCGUUUGUCCCGUCUCCCUUUAAACGGGCCAAGUUGGUGCCAUUUGGAUUUGGUUGCUGUGCCUGUGCCUGCCGCGCCAUGGGUCCGCCAAGUUGCAGGUGUGCGAAUAAAGGAAACUGUGUGCAGCUAGCUUCCUGGGUCAGAGUCGCUACUUGCGCAUGCAAUGAAUGAAACAAGGGGGCCGGGGCCGCCUCAUUAGAUUCUUCAGCAGCUUCCAUGAGUUCGGCUGGCGGGCAAGAGCUGAGCCAGAUCCGGCGGCACGAGCCUGCAGCAGAAGCUAUGCUCUCUCUCUCUCACGCCGUGUCGCUCUCGUCGCAACCGAGCCUUCCUUCUCUCCCGUCGUUAGGCCCCCGCGACCUAAACGUCAGCCCUUGCCACCACCGCUGCGUCGCCACACUCAGAGACCACUCCUCCUACGUCUCGGCUCUCGCCGUCGACGGCCACUCGCUGUACAGCGCCUCGUCGGACGGCCGCAUCAGAGUGUGGCCGAUGGGCGACGCGAGCGGGAGGCAGGAUGACGACGACGACGACAGCGGCGGCGGCGGCGGCGGCGGUUGCGGGUCUGCUACGGUCGUUGCCGCGUGCGACAGCUCCGUGAAGUGUCUUCUCGCCACGGCGGGCAGCAACGGACACGGUCUCCUCCUCAGCUCCCACCAGGACGGCAAGAUCAUGGCGUGGCGGACCGGGAGCGGCAGGAAGGACGGGACCCCGAGCCUCGUCCUGCGCGCCGUCCUGCCGACCUGCGUGGACCGGCUACGGACGUUCCUGCUCCCCUGGAGCUACGUGCAGGUCCGGCGGCACCGGUGGCGCACCUGGGUGCACCACGUGGACGCGGUCGCCGCGCUCGCGGUGUCCCCGGACGGCGCGCUCCUGUACUCGGCGUCGUGGGACCGGAGCCUCAGGGUGUGGCGGCUGCCGGGGUUCCGGUGCGUGGAGUCCGUCGCGCCCGCGCACGACGACGCCAUCAACGCGCUGGCGGUGUCGCCCGACGGCCACGUGUACACGGGCUCGGCCGACAACAAGAUCAAGGCGUGGAGGCGGCACCCGGAGCGGAGGCACAGGCACAGGCACAGGCACGUGCUCGUGCUCGUGCAGACGAUGGAGCGCCACAGGUCGGCGGUCAACGCGCUCGCUCUAGGGGCCGACGGGAGGGUGCUCUACUCCGGCGCGUGCGACCGGUCUGUGGUGGUGUGGGAGCGGGCCGACGGCGCCGGCGGCGGCCGCAUGGAGGCCACUGGCACGCUCAGAGGGCACACGAGGGCGAUCCUGUGCCUGGCGGCGGCGGGGGACGUGGUGUGCAGCGGCUCGGCGGACCGGACGGUGCGGGUGUGGAGGAGGGGAGCGGAGAAUACGGGGUACACUCUCCUGGCCGUCCUGGAAGGACACGGCGCGCCUGUGAAGAGCCUAGCUUUGCUUUACGGACGUGACCGCGGCUUGUUCAGUGGUUGGGGCGACCCAGAGGAGGGAUCGUCCGGUGGUGGCGGCGGCACCCAUUGUGCUAUUGUUUGCAGCGGCGCGUUGGACGGCGAGGUGAAGAUUUGGAGCACGCUUGUUCCUUGAUUCCUUUCCCUUCACAGAUAACAAAGUGUAGUUCUCCUUGUAGACAGUAUACCACUGGAUAAAGCAUGAAUCACGAUGCUGAAUGCCUGCGUGUUUGAA